AUGGCUCCACUUCUUUCUCUUUGUGUUAGCACGUAGGAAACGAGGCGUCCGAAAUCAAAAUCUCCAGCACCAGUACCAGGUACAUGGAGUGGUCCUGAUUAUCAUGAAGUGAAUAUUAGCCAUAAUAAACGAUUGCAACGAAACGAAACAUGCAGCAAUGAGAAAUUUCUUGGGGUUAUUACCACGAAAUACAUCUCUUGUAUAAUACCAGCAGUGACUAUUCAUGCAACUAAGUUAAAACCAUGCCGAUCAGUUGAGAUUGCAUUAAGUUGUGCAUUUCAGUCGUUAAUUGCAAACAACGAAAAAGUUUCUAUCGGUCAGAAAUAUUCCAGACUUAUCAAAAUGGACAAAAAAUUGUUAGCGAUAAUUAAUACUGCGAUCAAAUUCGAUGCAUCAUUUACAUCUCGAACACGAUCAAUGAAAGGCGCGCUUGAUAUUAUCAAAAUAAAAAGGAAACAUACAACAUGUUCAAUAGUAGUAAAAGAACCAACUAGACGAAUGAUUACUAUUCGAAAAUCAAUAUGCAAACGAUGGGAUGGACUGAAUGCAUGCCGAGCUCAGGUAACAGUUCUCACUUCACCUUUUGCUGACGUGAACUAUCAGUGCUUGAAACGUGCUCAAAUUAUAUAUCCUAAACGUUACUCUGCGUCCAUCGAAAAUAUUUCCGAACAAGUCUACGUUAAUGAAGAGAAAAAUGCGGUACUGUCGGAGAACGAUGAAUUUAUGCUUUCGGAUCAUUUGUUAUUUGGAAAGUACGUGAAUUAUAAACGUGAGAAAUUGAAACGUAUGCACAGUGAACCAGUGAAAUUUAAAAGUAGAGAAUCAUCAUGUCCGUUACCAGUUUCCGAACUAAUGCGAGCUUGUGCUGUUCGAACAUUGGAACCAACUCGUCAAGUACCAUAUAUCACAGUGCCAAGUCGUUCACGUUUGGGUAGUGUUGAAGUGGAAACUGUUUCGACAGCAGUACGAACGUACGGAGAACAAUUGUUGUCCACAAAUUAUCAUGGAGUGAAGAACUUAGCAGCUGACAAGUCAAAACGUUCGAUGUUAUUAACGAAGCCAUCUUUUGAAUUUGAUGCUGCAAUGUCACCAUUCGAACAAAGACUACAAAAUCAGGCAUUUCAACUUCGUAAAAUAUCAACCCUCUCUGAUGGUGAUAUCGCAGUUCUACAGGAUACAACAAGUGUGAACAUAACGAUGCAACUUCAAGUUCACGAUCAUGGUAGACAUUCGUCUAUUGAAGGUUCGUCUUUAACGUCAAAUUUCACGGCUGCGAUAGCAGCAGCAGCGCAACCACGACAUGAACGUUAUGCAGCACACAUACCGGUUACUCGAAUCGACGGAAAUGGACGUCAUUCAACAACUAGUAUUGAUUCUUACAACAGUGGUACUUUGGAAACAACAGCGCUGCAAUUGGAUCAGAUGAUUGAUCAGGGUCGAUAUAGGCAUCAUCAACAUAGGAAUAAAUUUAAAGAAGCUAUUGAUUAUUUGGAUCAGGUAUUCGAAGAUCUGAAGAAAGAGAGCGAUCAGAUAGAAAACACGCAACGAUCGCGUGGAAUUCGUACGACACCAACUCGUAAAGGAUCUUCAAAGAGUGGUACAGAUUUGAUGAAUGUCACUGUAUCAUCAUCACCAGUGAAGCUGCAGCAACGCAAUGGUAAUACUAAGCGAACGAUGAACAAUAUUGUUGAUGUGGAAGAGAUGGAUUCACGACAAGCGCCACUUGCAACUACCAAUAGGCAUUCGUUGUAUACAUCUAAGCCAAGGGUUGCCGAAAAGCACUACCUGCAAGAAAAAGCUGCAUCAGUUGAACAGACAUCAAAUGAUAUUGAUAUUACGGAAACAAUUGUGCUACCGUUACAAAAUCGUAAACUUAAAAGUGAAAGGAUGAAUUACACUAGGAGAUGGCUUACUGGAGAUAUCAAAUCAUGGGUUUCAAAACCCGAUUUAAUCGUUGGUGGAAUAGAAGAGGAACCUGAUAUUGAUGAACGUUCGCUGGGAAGUUGUUCAGCGGAAGUAGCAGCAAUCAAUUCAAUAGUUCGAAAGAAGAAAAAAGCUCAAGAUGUACCGGAUCUUAUUCAAAAUGUUACUUCCAAAGUUAAAUAUGUAAGGCAAUCAAAUGGUCAUCAAAUGGAUCAUUCCAUACGUAAAUGUGGUAGUGGUGGUGGUGGUAGUGGUCGUCAGUAUGUCCAACAAAGCGAUCCAAUUAAACCACUACCAGUAAAGGCGCAUCCUACGUUCACCUUCCCAACCGGAAGUACUGGAAAUCUAAAUAAUUUUAGCAAUUUAUCUCGAUCGUUUCAUGAUAGUAACGUUUGGGCAAGUAAUUAUGAUAUAAAUAGUAAUCAGACUCUAUCACAAAGGAUUCCAUCACAUAGUCGAAUAUCAGAGCAAAAAAAUCGUGACUCUGGUGCAGUAUCGUGGAGAUCGGCAUCUCAUGAUUCGCAUUAUAAUACAUUGAGUAGUGCUCGAUCUGAAGAAGUUCAACAUUCUAUGCGGAAAACGGGCGCAUUUACGCCAGUGCAACCAUCAAGCAUUAUGACAAUACGUGGUUCAGUGGCCAGUUUACCGGAUUCAUCUAGCAUUCGACUUCAAACUCUGCAGAAUGCAAAUCCAAUCGUAACGAUUGAUGCAUUAGUUGCGGAGUUGGAACUGAACACCGAUCAGCAAACAUUUCAGACAUCAAUAGCUACCAAGCGGCGUUCAUUUCCAACUGGUAAUGAAUUUUUUGUGCGUCGUGCUAGUAAUUACGAGAAGCCAAAUAGUAGCCAACAAAUGGAAGAUAGCAAUAUUCAAUCAUUUGCUAAGACAAAAUCGGAACACAAUAUUGGUCGUAAGCAGCGUCAGCAACCGCAGAAACUAAAAGAUUCAUUUAACGAGAUGUCAAAUAUGCUUCAAAGUGUCAUCAGUGAUGUCACAACUUUAAAUGAACUACCCAAAAGUCGUAAAUAUGUGCAUGUGGGAGUGAAGAAUAAUAAUUCACCAUUGUCUCCAUUUGAAACAAUCAAUCAGGAGAAGUUGAAUCCAAGCAAAGUGGAAGCCAUGCAAUCUAUAUUCGAGAAUAAACAAUGUGUACCAGUAUGGCGUCGUAAUAUUUUUAACGGUAACAAUGAUAAUGUUCAAUCAACUGCAAAUGUUAAAGAUGAUGACAAUUAUUACGAAAUCAAUGAUUUUGUUCAUCGAAAAGAGUUCAUUCCUGUACCUGCCAAAUCAUUAGGAAAGCAAUCUUCUUCGACAAUUCGUUCAACUUCUCAAACGAAGCCACGUCUUCCAGCAGUACCAUCUCGACUUGACUUCAUUCCAGCAUUUCCUGUAACUCAUCCACCACCUCAUCCACCAGGUUCCACAAACUCCUCUCAGACAGGUGGUUACUAUUCAUCUGGUUCAUCAUUAGGUGCGCAAUCAUCGUAUACAACAUCAAAUAAUCGAGGAGUAGCGAUACCUGCAAAGCAAUCAGUUUCCUCUCAGGCACCUAGUUUGGAUGACGAAGAUGAUGGCUUUUAUGAUAAUAUCCAGACAGAUGAGAAGCGUUUUUCACAUGGCAGUGAACUUGAUAAUGUCUCGAUAUGCAGUCAUCAUAUACUAUCAAAUACUGCCAAUAAACCAUCUGGUCCAGUUAAGACAAGUAGCCGAAUUGGUCAAUUCUUACGGAAAAUCAGUGCAUCGAAGCCACCAAUCAGUGCUGCCUCAUUGGUAUCACUCAACAAGGUUGCUAGUGAAAUAAUGCCAACUAGACCGAUACCUUUGAUGAAAAGUAAUAGUUUGACUCACUGUCAGGGGAAAAAGCAUAUUGUACAAGACAUGAACACUACCAUAUCCUCUGCAGUAGUAGACAAACGUGGUGGAUUGGGUCAGCGUCUGAAGAAUUCCAUAUUUGGAAGUAAAAAGCGCCUGAACUGA